UCUUCACACUGAACGAUGUCGCUUCUACGUUAUUUCGAAGGAGCUACCCCGAAAAGAAAGGCUCCUGGUGACAAGCCUGAUGCUAAAAAGGAGGUAACUAAGGUUUACAAACAGGCAAGAAAACGAAAGUUCCAGUCAAGACCAAGAGAAGAGGACGACUUGGAAACACUCGACUGAAUGAUUUGAUGGCUAUCAGCAUCAUGUCUCCAACCAUCGAAGAGUUCGACCCUGAAGCAGCCAUUGCUGAAUGGAUGACCUCUACUCCAUCUGGCCAGAAGAGACGAGUAGGAGAGCGUAUAAAGCAGCCUGCCAGACCCAAGGAGGUCAUCACCCUUGCAGACUCUGAUCUCGACCAGGCAGAUGAGAUGGACCAGGCAGACGAGGUGACAGACACAAGCUCUCAAAGUACCAGUGAAAUCCAGUCAACUACGACAUCGCUGGUGCCAGAGAAGAUGAUGUAUGAUGGAGACGAUAGUGACGGAGAAAGCGACUGCGAGAUGUCAGAAUACCUUGUGUUUUCAUUGUUGAUGGAAUACAGUAGAGAUUAAAAUGAGAAAACAGUU